AUGCGUUCUACCACUGUUCUCUCCAUCGCCGCUCUUGCUGGCGCUGUCGUUGCGGCCCCUUGGAACUAUGGCAGCCCAGCCAACAACGUCCACGUAGUAGUCGAGACUGUCUACCACACUGUCUACGUAGAUGAGCCCGCCUCAAGCCCCGCUCCCAAGCCCGAUUACCCCGAGCAGCCUGACGAGCCUGAUUAUGAUUGGGAAGCACCCCCUGCUCCCGUUAUCACUGAUACACCUCAGCCUGCUCCCGAGCCAGCCCCUACUCCAGAACCUACUCCCGAGCCAUCCCCCGAACCCUCCCCUGAGCCCACUCCAGAUGACUCAAGCUACCAGGCUAUCAUCAAGAAAUGGCGCCAGAAGAUGGGAUUGCCGGAGCUUCAACAUAGCGCAUUGCUUGAGCAGAACGCCAUCAGGACCGUUCUGCGUAGCAACGGCGAGAUGGCUCACUUCCUCUUCGAAGGCAGCAAGGGCCAGGUUCUUGCUCCUGGUGAUGAGAACAACUUCGAGAAGGUUUUCGUCGGAGGAUGGUUAUGCGAAAUGCCCCAGCUUUUUGGUCUCGAUGGCAUCUGCCAGACUAUGUCCGAUGGAUGGGUCUACAAUGGCCAGGUUGGUCACGCCAAGAUUCUCACCGAUCCUCAAUACACUACCUUCGGUUGCGGCGUACACAAAAAAAUCUGGUGCUGCGAUGUCGCCUAA